GGGCGGGGCUGACGUGCUCUGCACGUUGACAGGGCAGCGGGAGCAGUCAGUGUGAGCAGACCCAGCAGCGAAGCAGCUCCCAGGAUGCCCCGCGCCGCGCAUGUGCAGUGACCGCGUCAGCUCAGGAAGAGAGAGAGAGCGAGAAAAAAACCAAAACAACCAAAAUAGGAAAGCGGCUCCCAAAGCGAUAAUAAAGGGGGGAGCCGGGAGAGCUCCGGGGGGAGGCGGCCCAGCCUGGGGGGGUGUGCGAGCAGCCGCUACCAGCCCUCACUCGGAGAGCCGCACCGCCAGCCAGGUCUCUCCCCCUGCUAGGCCUCGCCUGCCAGAGCCAUAGGGAGCCCGUUCAGGCCCCGGGCAGGGGUCCCUCUGCUUCCCGCCAACCGGGAGCCCCCCGGGAUCCUCCCCCAUGCCGCCGGGCCGGGCUGGAGCAGCAGGGAGGCCAUGAACGCGGGGCUGAGCGCCUCGCCGAGCCCGGGGGUGGGGGCGGCCUCCCCGCUGGGGGCCGUGGGGGUGAAGCUCAAGUUCUGCCGUUACUAUGCCAAGGACAAGACCUGCUUCUACGGCGACGAGUGCCAGUUCCUGCACGAGGACCCGCUGGGCAUGCACGGGGGCACGGUCAGCCCGCUCAGCCUGGCCGGAUACCCGCAGCCCGUCACUCCGGUGGGCAAGAAGGUGGAGCUGGGUGGGCACCCUGUGCCAGGACUGGAGGCCCAGCGUUUGGCCAUUCCUGGAUUAGAUGGUGCUCUGCCUGAUUCCAGUAUCAAUGAUUCCUACUUCAGCUCCAGUUUUAUGGGAAUGAAUGGAUUUGGAAGCCCUGUUGAAGCAAAUUACCCAAGGAUGCAGCGAAUGACAAACAGCAGCAGUUCGCCAAGCCUUCUGAAUGACAGUGCCAAGGCCUAUGCAGCACAUGAUCCUUUAGGUUCUCCAGCUUCUACACUUUUUAAUGACUUUUCCGGGCUCACCAUAUCUCAAAGACGUAAGGCUCCUAACCCUACUGCCAGUGAGUUUAUUCCAAAAGGAGGAUCAACUUCACGGUUGAGUAAUAUGUCUCAAUCCAGCAUGUCUGCCUUCUCUCAAGCUUUGUUCUCCCACCCGUCUCUGGGAGGUCCUGCUGCAGCUGGUCUUGCACCAGGGAUGUCCCUAUCAGCUGGGUCUUCUCCACUUCAUUCCCCCAAAAUUACACCCCACACAUCACCUGCUCCACGACGGCGGAGCCAUACACCAAACCCAGCAACCUAUAUGGUGCCUACUAGUGCCUCAACACCAGUCACAAAUUCUGUUUCCCAGCCCCCAUCUGCAGGACAGGUCAUACAGAAGGAGACAGUCGGAGGGACAACUUAUUUCUAUACAGACACCACUCCAGCACCUUUAUCAGGAAUGGUUUUUCCAAACUAUCAUGUUUAUCCUCAAACUGCUCCUCACGUUGCUUACAUGCAGCCAAAAGCAAAUGCACCUUCCUUCUUUAUGGCCGAUGAGCUUAGACAGGAGUUAAUAAAUCGUCAUUUAUUAACAAUGGCUCAGAUGGAGCAAGCUGAAAUGCCAGGAGUACCUCCAGAAGUUGACAGUUACCACAGCCUCUUUCCUCUUGAACCACUGCCACCUCCAAAUCGGAUACACAAGUCUAGCAACUUUGGAUUCACUACAUCAUGCUACAAAGCUGUAAAUAGCAAAGAUGAUCUCACAUACUGUCUGCGAAGGGUACAUGGCUUUCGUCUUGUGAACACAAAGUGUAUGUCUUUAGUUGACACAUGGAAGAAAGUUCAGCAUUCAAACAUUGUAUCAUUGCGAGAAGUGUUUACAACCAAAGCGUUUGGAGAACAUUCACUUGUGUUUGCCUAUGACUUUCAUGCUGCAAGUGAAACAUUGAUGAGCAGACAUUAUAAUGACCCAAGUGCUGAUGGCUAUUUUACAAAGCGUAAGUGGGGCCAGCAUGAUGGUCCAGUGCCUCGUCAACAUGCUGGGCUGCUUCCCGAAUCUCUCAUUUGGGCUUAUAUUGUCCAGUUGAGUUCUGCUUUACGAAGCAUUCACACAGCUGGGUUAGCAUGCCGUGUGAUGGAUCCCUCGAAGAUUCUUAUUACUGGAAAAUCAAGGCUUCGUAUAAACUGUGUUGGGAUCUGUGAUGUUUUAACAUAUGAUGGCAGUCAGAAUCCAGUAGCUCUUAUGCCUCAGUACCAGCAAGCAGAUAUGAUCUCCUUGGGAAAGGUUGUCUUGGCAUUGGCUUGCAAUUCUCUGGCAGGCAUUCAACGGGAAAACCUGCAGAAAGCAAUGGAGCUUGUGACCAUAAACUACUCUUCUGAUUUGAAGAACCUAAUUUUAUAUUUGCUGACUGACCAAAACAGGCUACGCAGUGUAAAUGACAUUAUGCCAAUGAUUGGUGCUAGGUUUUAUACUCAAUUGGACUCUGCUCAAAUGCGUAAUGAUGUCAUAGAGGAGGACCUUGCAAAGGAAGUGCAGAAUGGAAGGUUGUUCAGACUGUUGGCAAAGCUGGGAACAAUUAAUGAACGACCAGAGUUCCAGAAAGACCCAGCCUGGUCUGAAACAGGGGACAGAUACUUGUUGAAACUCUUUAGGGAUCAUCUAUUUCAUCAGGUGACUGAAGCGGGAACCCCAUGGAUCGAUCUCAGUCAUAUUGUGACUUGUCUUAACAAGCUGGAUGCUGGUGUGCCAGAGAAAAUGAGCCUAAUUUCCAGAGACGAGAAGAGUGUGCUUGUGGUAACAUACAGUGAUCUUAAGCGCUGCUUUGAAAACACAUUUCAGGAACUUGUUGCGGCCUCAAAUGGCCAGUUGUAGUAUUUGCUGAAAGCAUGCAGGACAUUGCUGAAGAACUAAACAAAUAGCAAAUUGCACUACAGCUGCAUUGUCAUCUCAUUUCACAAAUGGGAAUCAAACAGGAGAUGAGACGCUGCUUGCACUCAGUCAGGUACACUGUUACUUGAAGGAAAAAAUGUUUCAUUUUCUUUGAGCUAUGGCUGCCAACGGAGGCUUUAUCUGUGAAGACUUUUUUUAUUUUAAAGAAAGAAAAAAAAAAAAAUUGGAACACCAUCAGGUGCAUGAUGUUCCUGCUUUUAUUUUUCACUUGUGUAUGCACUAAUUUUAAUUUGAAGCCUUUCUGAUCUUCGAAGCGUCACCAGUGUAUGAACAUUUAAGGGAAUGCUAACAGGACAUUUCAGGGCACUGUUUUUGUCAUCACAAUUAUUGCAAAAUUGUAUAUAUCUAAGUACAAGGACCAGGUAGUGGAUCAGUUCCAUACAAACAUAUAUAUAUAUAUAUAUAUAUAUUUUUUUUUCCCUCCACUUAUCAAUUAUCAAGCAGACUGCAAAAUAUGUGGGAAAUAAUCAAAGGAGCAUUCAUUAACUGAAUUUGGAACUUUGUCAACACAUUGAACGAAUUGAGCAUAAUAAGCAGUUUUUGUUUUUUGGGGGGUUUUUGGUUAACUGCAUAAAACACAACCAGCGCCUUUUUUUGCAAAGUUUUGUACAUAGGUUCUCGUGCUUACCUGAUCUGCUUAUAUGAACUGAUUUGAUGAGUUUUCUUUAUCCCUUUAAGAACCACAGCUUUAUUUGAGUACUUUACACUGGAUACUGAAGACACUGUUAACACCUUAAUGCAGCAUUUCCUUGGAAGAGCCUUGGAAUCUGUAAGCUUCUGCAGGGGGAAUAUUAUAGGUUACACUUUGGGCAAAUUGCAGAAGAUGUAACGUUUUUAGUAGACUCCAGAAAUCUGCAGCUUUGAAGGUUAUAUUGAGCUGUGCACCAUGAGUAUUCAGUGGAUUAUUAAAAAUUACCUAUAAAAGAGUGACUGCCAAAUAUAUUGAAAUUUAUUGGUAGAGGCAUAAAUGUAUAAUCUUUUUUUGGCACUGAAUUUAUUUUAUUUCCUGAACUGCUUUGCCAGACAUCCUUGAACAAAAUGU